AUGGAUUUAAUUGAAAACGAUAAUAGCUUAUCUUGUACACAAUGUUGUGUUAGUUGCCUAUACUUCGAGGACGAUAGAGUUACGCAAAGUUUUAAAUUACAGAAUGAAGCACUAAAAACAAUUUUUCAGGUAGAUUAUUUAAGUCUUUGUUAUCUAUGUAAAAGGAGGAUAGAGAAUGCUGAGCUGUAUAUACAGACAGUUUUAAAUAAUCAAAUAUUGUUAGAAAAUUUGACAAAAUUUUCAGAUGAAACUAUAUCGUCUAUAAAGAGUCAAACUCUACCAAUUCCUAGUCUCAGUAAAUUAUCAUUAGAUAUAAUAGAAUUAGAUGGAAAUGACACACAGACAUCUGAGCCAGUUCUUGUAUAUAAACAUGGCAUAUAUAAAGAUUCUCAACUUAAAGUGGAAUUGAAAGUUGAAGAUGAAAGCUAUUUGGACAGUGCCGCAAAUGACUUUAUAGACGAAACUGAUUUUGACAAUGCUAUAAAAGAAGAGGAAUGCUCAUUGGACAAUAUUUUGAAUGCAGAAGGCAACACAACUGAAUUGGAAUUAGUAUGUUUUGGAAGAGAUUUUAAAAAAAGCAAAGUAAAAAAGAAAUGUGGAAGAAAAAAGAAAAAUAUAGAUUUACAGCAAGAUUUAAAGAACGAAGACCUUGAUUCCUUUUACAAUGCAAACACGAAAGACCUAAAAGAUAUACCCAAAGACUUGGAAAAAGGCAGACGGAAAAGUAAACAUGAUAAUAUUGUAAUAAAAUCAAAAAAUUUACAGCAAGAUUUAAAGAACGAAGACCUUGAUUCCUUUUACAAUGCAAACACGAAAGACCUAAAAGAUAUAUCCAAAGACUUGGAAAAAGGCAGACGGAAAAUUAAAUAUGAUAAUAUUGUAAUAAAAUCAAAAAAUAACUUUGAAAUAAAAAGGUUUUUCAUAACAAGGGCACAAUGUAUGAAGGAAUUAGCGCAGAAGGCCAAGGAAAACAUAUUCCUAAACUCACCUUAUAAGUGUAAGCUUUGUGUUAAAGGUUUCACGUUCAAACCCAGUUACGAUAAACACCUCGAAUUACAUAGUAAGGCGAUGGGAGACUUUGAAUGCGAUGUUUGCACGAAGAGAAUGGACACGGAAGAGAAGAUUUUGCGUCACAAGAAAGCUCACAGGAUGCGUUUCGAAUGCGGCGUAUGUGGCUUAGUUCGUACAACUAUGUCGGCAAUCACUGAUCAUUACACUGAGAACCAUUCGACCAAGGCGGAAGCAUUCGUAUGCAAACUAUGCGCUAAGAUUUUCAAGCGUCAAAUAUUAUUGAGAAAGCACAAUAAUUACUGGCAUAAUAACAAGGAACGGGUGACCUGUGCCUACUGUGAGAAGACGUACGCCAACAAGGACGUCCUGAAGUCUCAUAUUAUUGCAAAGCAUGCAGAGGAAGUGUCGCCGCUGGACGUGCAGAAGAGAUUCAUAUGCAAAGUUUGCGGCAAGGCUCUAAAGACGCCUUCUCAGCUGAAAAUGCACAGCACCAAGCACUCGCACAAGCGGGACUACUAUUGCGUCGAGUGUGACAAACGUUUUAAGACAGAGGGCGCUUUGAAGCAACAUUUGAAAAUAGCCACGCCACACGUCGUUUACAAUGAAUUACCACUAGCUUGUUCUCACUGCGAUAAGAAAUUUGCCAUAAAACGCGAUUUGGAAAGACACAUGAAUAGAAUACAUCUCAAUAUAAAACCAUUUCAGUGCGACCAAUGUGAUAAGGCGUACGUGAGCAAUUGGUCAUUGAAGGAACACAAGCAAGUUGUACACGAAGGGUACAAGCGGCCACUCAAGUACCCCUGCCCGAUGUGUGAUAAAGUUUUUGACCGGAACCCAAUAUUAAAAGGUCAUAUUCGCACGCACACCGGCGAGCGUCCGUACCAGUGCAGCAAGUGUCCAGCCACCUUCUCCCAGUCUGGUAUUCUCAACACUCACAUGAAGCUGAUACAUCUGAAAUUGAAAAGGGAUGGUAGACCGAAACGUAGCUUGAAGUAG